AUGAAUUCAGUGCUCUCACUUUCAUUUAAUCAACCAAAGUUUUCUCCAUCAGCUACUUGGAAUUCUAACGGAAUUACCAUUGCUGAUCAAUCGAUUGUUGGUCAAUAUCCUAGCGCUAUUUUUGUGAGCACAAACAACACAAUCUAUGUCGCUAAUCGACAAAAUAAAACAAUUGUAAUGUGGCAAGGAGAGAAUGUCAAUUCAACGAAGAUCAUUCACGGUAACUUUACACUACCCGAAUCUCUCUUCGUGACAUCAAAUGGUGAUAUUUAUAUUAGUGAUGAUGGAAAGAAUAGUCGAGUGCAGAAAUGGAUCGCAAAAACAAAUAACUUUGUCACGGUGAUGAAUGUCAACUCAUCAUGUUAUGGUUUGUUUAUCGAUAUCAAUGAUACUCUUUAUUGUUCAAUGCUUGAGCAUCAUCAAGUAGUAAAAAGAUGGUUAAAUGAUUCUGUGAUAAAUUCAAAUCGUGUUGCUGCUGGAACAGGUAUUGUAGGACUAGCCUCGAAUCAACUUAAUCUUCCUCAUGGAAUUUUUGUCGAUAUGAAUUUGGAUUUAUAUGUGGCAGAUCGUGACAAUAAUCGUGUUCAGUUGUUCCUGCCAGGAGAAUCAAAUGGCAUCACAGUAGCUGGAAGUGGGUCCUUAAAUCCAACAAUUACACUUCAUUGUCCAAGUGGAAUUAUAUUAGAUGCUGAGAAAUAUUUAUUCAUUGUGGAUCAGAACAAUCAUCGAGUUGUUGGUUCAAGCUGGAAUGGUUUUCGAUGUUUAGUUGGAUGUUAUGAAAGGGGUUCACAAUCCAAUCAAUUAAAUAAUCCAUUUAGUUUGAGUAUCGAUCACUCUGGAAACAUAUUUGUUACUGAUCAAUUUAAUCAUCGAAUUCAAAAAUUUUUACUGAUGAACGAUUCUUUUGCUCUUUCAUUCAAUCAACCAAAGUUUUGUCCAACGGCCACUUGGAAUCCCAAUGGAAUUACCAUUGCUAAUCAAUCAAUUGUGGGUCAGAAACCUACCGCCAUUUUUGUGAGCACAAACAACACAAUCUAUGUCGCUAAUAUAGAAAACAGCACAAUUGUGAUAUGGCAAAAAGAGAGUGUCAAUCCAACAAAGAACAUCUCUGGUAGUUUUAGACAACCUAACUCUCUCUUCGUGACAUCGAAUGGUGACAUUUAUAUUGAUGAUGGAUAUUAUAAUGGUCGAGUGCAGAAAUGGAUAGCAGAAACAAAUAUCUUUGUUACAGUGAUGAAUAUUAACUCAUCAUGUGAUGGUUUAUUUGUCGAUAUCAAUGAUACUCUUUAUUGUUCAAUGUCUAAGCAUCAUCAAGUAGUGAAAAGAUCAUUAAAUGACUCUAUGAUGACUUCAAAUCCUGUCGCUGCUGGAACAGGUACUCUAGGAUCAGCCCCUAAUCAACUUUAUUUUCCUAGUGGAAUCUUUGUCGAUGUGAAUUUCGAUUUAUAUGUGGCAGAUUGCGAAAAUCACCGAGUUCAGUUGUUCCAGUCGGGACAAUCAGAUGGCAUCAUUGUGGCUGGAAGAACGUCACCGCAUCAAACAAUUGAACUUAACUAUCCUAGGGAAAUUAUAUUAGAUGCUGAGAAAUAUUUAUUCAUUGUAGAUCAGAACAAUCAUCGUAUUAUUGGUUCAGGGUUGAAUGGUUUUCGAUGUUUAGUUGGGUGUUAUGGAAAGGGUUUACAAUCCAAUCAAUUGUUUUUUCCACAUGGUUUGAGUUUCGAUCGUUCUGGGAACAUGUUUGUUACUGAUCAAUCAAAUCAUCGAAUUCAGAAAUUUAAUUAUUUAAAAAGAUAUUGUGCCAAUACUUCCUCUAUUAUCCAAAAGAUCUUUUUAUCAUCGUUGACUAACAGCAAUCAAAUUUAUUACCGAGAUUGUGACGAACAAAAUUUUUAUUAUGAAUCUAUUCAAGUGAAGGUGUUCGAAAGUGGUUACUACACUUUUCGUGGCAGUGGUAACAUCGAUCCGUAUGGAUCUAUUUAUAAAGUCAAAUUUAAUCCACUUGAUCCAUUAGAUAAUUUGCUCGAUAAAGAGUAUGACAGUGGCUUUGAUGUUCAGUUUAGACUUAAUAUUCAUCUUGAUGUUGAUAUGACAUAUAUAUUGGUUGUGACAACAUAUGAAUCAAAAGGAACUGGAGAAUUUUCAGUCGUUGCAUUGGGUAAAAACAAAGUUAUUCUCGAACGUCUUAGUACUCUAGUAAAUAUUCAAUUAAUAUACCCAUUAAAAUUAACUGAAGAUAGUCCAACAUAUUAUCGAGACUGUCAAGUACCGCAUUGUCAUUAUGAAACUUUACAAAUUCAUGUCAAUACAUUGGGUUUGUAUGUUCUUUGGAGUGAAAGUAACAUUGAUGCAUAUGGAUAUAUCUACAAAAAUGAUUUCAAUCCUCUAAAACCAUCUGAAAAUUUACUCCUGUCACAUGGAGGUCCUGAACAAAGUAGUUGUGUGAUUGGUGAUCAGUGUAACUUUCAUAUUAAAGGGAUUGGUUUGACUCUCGAUGAUAUUUUACGCGAUGAACUUCAACCGAACAAAAUGUUGAAUAAUCAAUCAUUUUCGAUUAAACUAAGUGCCGGCGUAACAAUAAUAAUGUUUGUCGCUGGAUUAAUUAAUAGUAUUCUUUCUUUUAUUACAUUUCAACAUAAAGAUGCUCAACAAGUUGGAUGUGGAAUGUAUCUAUUAGCAUCAGCCAUUACUUCUCUUUUGGCAAUUAGUAUGUUCAUAAUUAAAUUCUGGUUUGUUGUUCUUACUCAGAUCAAUGUAUCCACUAGUUUGUCUGUUCUUCGUGGAGGUUGUGUAUCUAUUGAAUCAAUUCUAAAACUUUUUCUCUACUUUGAUGGUUGGCUCAAUGCUUGUGUAGCAGUUGAACGAGCAGUACUUAUUUUGAAAGGAGUAAAUUUUGACAAAAAAAAGAGUAAAUCUAUUGCUCGACGAACAAUUCUUAUUUUACCAUUCUGUAUUCUGGGUACACUUAUUCACGAGCUCGCAUUUCGUAGAUUGUUCGUUUAUGAAGCAGCACCAGGUAUGAGUAAGGCUAAUGAAAAACCAAACAACCGGUAUGUAUCAUGUAUCACUCAUUAUUCUCCUUCUAUUCAACAUUAUAAUACAGCCGUUCUAUUUUUUCAUCUUGUUGGUCCAUUUAUUGUUAAUCUUUUCUCUGCCUUGUUCAUCAUCUUUGGAGGUGCUCGACAACGAUCAUUGGCACGAACUAACCGAAGUUUUAAAGAGCAUAUUCAAGAACAAUUCCGUGAACAUAAACAAUUGAUCAUUAGUCCAAUAGUUUUACUCGUUUUAUCAAUACCUCGUCUCAUCAUUUCAUUACUUCCUGGUUGUGUGAAAACAUCUGAGGACUUUUGGUUGUAUCUUGGAGCAUAUUUCAUUUCGUUCACUCCUUCUAUGCUAAUUUUUCUUAUCUUUGUCUUUCCUUCAGAAAUGUAUAUGAAAGCAUUUAAACAAUCGUUCAAUCGUAUUCGAAGGCGUACUUCUCCUUAA